CUUCACAUUUCACACUUACCAGUCUGAGAGAGAAUCGAAAUCUCCUUCUCCACGAAGCAAACCAUCCCUUCCAAAUCCUCGCCGGAAUCUGAGAUCCGAUGGCUCUAGAGUGGGUGGUGCUAGGCUACGCCGCGGGCGCAGAGGCCGUGAUGGUCCUCCUCCUCACGCUCCCCGGCCUCGACGGCCUCCGCAAGGGCCUCGUGGCCGUCACGCGCAACCUCCUCAAGCCCUUCCUCUCGGUGGUGCCCUUCUGCCUCUUCCUCCUCAUGGACAUCUACUGGAAGUACGAGAAUAUGCCGAACUGCGACGGCGACUCCUGCACGCCGUCCGAGCACCUCCGCCACCAGAAGUCCAUCAUGAAGAGCCAGCGCAACGCGCUUCUCAUCGCCGCGGCGCUCAUCUUCUACUGGCUGCUCUACACCGUCACUCACCUCGUCGUCCGGAUCGAGCAGCUGAACCAGAGCGUGGAGCGAUUGAAGAAGAAUAAGGACUGAGUCGAAUCGGUUUGUGUGGUUUUCUGAUCUUGAAAUGUCGAUCUUGUUAAAAUGUGAAUCGUUUAAGAGAUAAUUUGUGUUUGUGUUGCGGAGAUAAUUGCGUUUAUUCUAGUUCAUAUUGAUCAGAUUUCGGAAUCCUAGUUAUGCUAUACUAUAGUGUUGUGGAAUUAGGGUUUCGUUCUUAAAUUCUGAAAAUCAAGGACUAAUUGUCAUUCUGUGACUAUGAAUGUGUGGUGUAGAACAUCGAAUUUUCAUGCUUGUUAUUAUUUGAUAUAUUGCUCUUA